AUGCCAAAUAAUCGUAAUCGUAAUCGCAAUCGUAAUCGUAAUAAGCGCAAUAAAAAUCAGAACGCAAAUCAAAAUAAACAACAAGCGGCGGCGGAGGGGACAGCAACAGAGGAGCGAGAACAGCAGGAGGAGGCAGCAGCAACAACUUCAUCAUCAUUAACAGCAGCUAAUGAUCAUCAGCAUGAUAAUAAUGCAAAUUCUGGCAGCAUUUCAAAUGGGUCAACCACAGCCGGUGACAGCCUCACAGCUGCUGAUGAAUCAACCACUCGCAUAGCCAGCAGAGAGGAGAGCCAGAAAGAGGCAGAAGAACAGUCUGUGGUGCAACUAGAGGAUCAGUCAAAAGAUCAGUCCAAAGAGCAGCAGAUUGCAGCAAAAGAUCGGCUGGAAGAUCAGUCUGAAGAUCAGGCAGAAGAGAAGCUGGUCGAUAAGUUAGAAGAUCAGACAGAGGAAAAGCCUGUCCAACAUUUGGAAGAUCAGCCCGAACAUCAGACAAAAGAGAAGCCCAUCGAUCAGCCUGUGGAUCAGCCAAAAGAGAAGCUUGUUCAACAGUUGGAAGAUCAGCCCGAAUAUCAAUCUAACGAUCAGUUAAAAUAUCUGUCUGAAGAUCAGACAAAAGAGAAGCCCAUCGAUCAGACAAAAGAGAAGCUCAUCGAUCAGUCUGUAGAUCAGACAAAAGAGAAGCUUGACCAACAUUUAGAAGAUCAGCCCGGAGCUCAAUCCGAAGUGUCUGAAGAUCAGACCGAAGAGAAGCUGGUCGAACAGUUAGAAGAUCAGACAGAGGAAAACCCUGUCCAACAGUGGGAACGGCAGCCAGGACAUCAGUCUGAAGAGCGGCUGGAAGAUCCGCCUAAAGAUCUUACAGAAGAGAAGCUUGUCGAGCAGUUAGAAGAUCAGUCUAAAGCCCAUCUGAUUGAAGCAAAAGAUCCAUGUGAAAAUCGGACAAAAUUCGAACACACUGUGGAGGAGCCGAUUGCACAAGCAGAAAAUCAGCCACAAGAGAGAAUUGAACAGCAGAUCGAGCAGGAUCUAGUUGAAGAUCCAAUAAUAGAAAAGAUUAUCGAUCAACUAGCAGAACAAGCAGCUGAUCAGCCAAAGGAACAUCUGAUUAAAAUUCAUUCGGAAGCUCAGUCAGAAGAUCUGCAAGAAGAUCUCCAUAGAGCAAAGAAGGCUUCCGAUCAGCCAUUAGAUCAGUCUGAAGAUCAGUUCAAGAAACAGCCGGUGGUUCACAUAGUGCCUGUGAUAGUUGAAAAGGAAGACAAACACGAAGCAGCCACACAGACGCAAUCAGACGCAAUGGGUGCCAAAAACGCCAAGCAGCAGCGGGAGCAACCACAGCAACAGAUGGAGUUGCCGCAGCAGCAACAGCAGCAACAGGAGCAACAGCAGCAACAGGAGCAACAGCAGCAGGCAGCAAAGCCACCAGGUAGUCCACGUCAGGCCAAGGUGAUAGUGCAUCGCAUAGUGCGCGAGAGCAAUGAUGAAAUAGACGCACCUCAGCAACAGUUGCAGCAGCAGCAGAAGCAGGAGCAGGAGCAACAGUUGCAGCUGCAGCAGCAGCAACAGCUGCAGCAACAGCAGAAGCAGGAGCCACAACAGCAGCAGGAAACACAAACAGAUCAACAGUUGCCAGCAGCUGUGCAAGAAUUGCUGGCGAACUGUCAGCUGCAACAGCCGCUGGCUCAGCAGCAACAGGCCGAAACACAGCUGCAACAGGUCGUUACACAGCAGCAACAACAGCGUGCACCACAGCAACAUGCCACAAAGCAGCCGCUGCAACGCAGCACCAAAGUCAUCAUACAUCAGAUACGCCUCGAAACGGAUGAGGAGGAACGCGCUCGUAAAGGUAAGCCCACAAUUGAGGAGAUCAGCAGCACCACAGCAACAGCAACCGCACACAGCACCAACAGCGGCAACAACAGCGGCACCUUGUCCCCGCCGCCGCGUUACCUGGUCGAAUCGCCCUCGCCUAAGGCCGUGCAACAGUUUAAUAAAUUCGCGCGCGAUGUGCAAAUUCAGGAGCUGGAGCUGAGCAGCGAUUGCAGCUCCGGUGAGUUCAAUGGGCCGCUGCAGUCGCCCCUCGUAUUUGAAGCGGAUUCGGAGACGGAGGCGAGCACGCCGACGGCUACGAUUGCGCCCGUUGCUGUUUUAGCGUCUUCGGCGGAUUUGCCGUCCAGCAGCCGCGCCGAGCAACAGGAGCAGCUGCGCCAGAAGCGCGUCCAGAAACGCAAUGCACUCGAAUCGCACUUUCUGCCGCAGCUGCUCAGUCCGCGCUAUCUGGACAGCAUUCUGGAGGAGAAUAGCGAGGCAGCAGCAGCGGGCGGCGAUCCCAGCCUGAGUCGCAGCGCCUCCGCCUCCUCCUCCGGCAAUGAUCCGGCGAAGACGCGUUCACCGCUGCCAGCGAAGGCAAACGAAGCGUUUCCGCGCAGCCAACUCGACUUCAGUCGCCGGCACAAGCGUCGCGAGGAGCCGCUGGCUCUCAUGCUGGAGACAAAGCUGCUCGAUCAGCCCAGUGAUUUGGAGAGCUGCUUGCGACUACAGAGUACCUUGUCGCCGCAGUCCGAGGAUGCGGAAUUGGUUUACCUCAGCUCGUCCGGCUCCAGCAGCGUCUCGGAUCUAAUGGAACUCGAGCUCGAAGAGGCAGCUGCCCUGGCCAAACGCGCCCUCAGCGACCUGGACACGGAUGCCAGCCGGCUGAUCAAUCGACCCGACGACGACCUCAGCAGCACAACAACCACGGAGCCGAUCAGCUCAUCCAACGAAACGGAAACCGAGGGCGAGUGCGAGGUUCGUAGCGCAGUACUAACCAACUAACCAUAGGAGUAGCAGGAGGUUUAGUUCGAGAGGGAAAAGGGAAUCAGGUGAAAUAGGUGACAAUCAGAAGAGUAACAAAUGAUGAUUAGUUCCAUGUGCCUAGGAGGUAUAUUUAAUUAGAAAAGAGUACAAAUUAUUUUUACUAAGUU